GAUUUCGCUCUCAUCUCUGAAGUAAAAGAUCCUUGGACUUUUGUUCCAAGAAUUUUCUAAACCAAAACCCUGUCGCCACAAACCUCUGUCCUCCCUUUUUCAAAUCAUUUUGUUUGUCUGUUGACCUUCAAAAUUGUCGAUAUUAACCCCUAACAUGAACUGGGUUCGCACCUACUUAUACUCAUACCCUUCAACCAUCAUUGCUACAACAUUUUUCUCUCAUGGCUCCAACAAAACCCAUCUCAUGGAAAACCGCUCUACUUGGUUGUUUCACAAGCAACAAGGUUCUCUUACACCCGAAGUCUCUUGUGUCAAAAUCGCGUAAGUCACAGAGAAUAUGUAUGUCUGAUGUUAGCUCAUCACUUUUCAUUAUCAAUGGUGUUUCGGAUUCUAUGGUUGUGUGGGACCUUCACGAAUUCACUCUCGCGGAACUUAUGAUGAUUACACAUGAUUUCGCAUCUAGUAGUUAUCUUGGUGAAGGUGGGUUCGGAACGGUUCACAAGGGUUUUGUAGAUGAUGAACUUAGACCGGGUUUAGAGGCUCAACCGGUUGCAGUCAAGCUCUUGGAUUUAGAUGGUGGUCAAGGUCAUAAAGAAUGGCUGACUGAAGUGAUGUUGUUGGGGCAAUUGAGGCAUCCACAUCUUGUGAGGUUGAUUGGUUAUUGUUGUGAAGAGGAGAAUAGGCUUCUCGUUUAUGAAUAUAUGCCAAGGGGUAAUUUAGAGACUCAAUUAUUCACAAGGUAUUCAAGUUCAUUGUCAUGGUUAAUCAGGAUUCAGAUAGCACUUGGUACUGCAAAAGGUCUCGCCUUUCUUCAUUGCCAGGACAGACCUGUCAUUUAUCGCGACUUCAAAACUUCAAAUAUUUUAUUGGCAUCGGAUUAUACUGCUAAACUAUCGGAUUUUGGGCUAGCGAAAGAUGGGCCUGAAGGUGAUGAGACGCACGUGAGUACACGUGUCAUGGGGACACACGGAUAUGCGGCACCGGAGUAUCUUAUGACCGGUCAUUUGACCACCAUGAGCGAUGUUUAUAGCUUCGGGGUGGUUUUGUUAGAGCUGCUAACGGGCAAAAGAUCGGUGGAUAAAAAACGACCAAAUCGAGAGCAGUGUUUGGUGGUAUGGGCAAGGCCACUUUUGAAAGAUUCAAAUAAUCUUCAUAGAAUUAUGGAUUCUAAGCUCGAUGGUAAUUUUCCAGUGGAAGGGGCAAAGAAGGCGGCAGCAUUGGCUAGUCGAUGUCUCAGCCACCGCCCAAAAUGUCGUCCUACUAUGACGGAAGUUGUCAAGACUUUGGAACAUAUAUUGGAAUUAGGCGAUUUCCAAGUUGAUUGGUUUGUGUAUAUUACUCAUGAAGGAGAAAAAAGCGAACAAAAAGAGAAAAAGGAAGAUAAAGGUGUUAUUGGUAGUGGUAGUUCCGGUGUUGAGGAGAAGGUGGUGGUGGUUGUUAAAAAGAAAGAUGAUGAAUGUUAGUAAUUCAACCUCUAAAUAGUUGUUUUAUGUGUAUUACUAGGGCCAUAUGUGAGUGUAGUCCAUACAAAUAACCACUCCCAUAACCCGAACCCAAAUAAAGCGUGGAAUUGUUAAAUUGUUAAGUUUUUUACUUUUAGGUAGUUUUUAAAGUCGUUGUUUAUUGUGUACCAAUUAAAA